AUGGCCGCGGCGGUGGAGGCGGGGGGCUUCUUCCUGGGCACGCUGGGCUGGGGGCUGCUGGGGGUGACGCUGCCCAACAGCUACUGGCGGGUGUCCACGGUGGACGGCAGCGUGAUCACCACCUCCACCCUCUUCGAAAACCUCUGGCAGAGCUGCGCCACCGACUCCACCGGCGUCUACAACUGCCGGGAGUUCCCCUCCAUGCUGGCUCUGUCUGGCUACCUGCAGGCCUGCCGGGCCCUGAUGAUCACGGCCCUGCUGCUCGGCUGCCUGGCCGCCCUCUGCGGCGUGGUGGGGAUGAAAUGCACCAAGGUGGCGGACGGGAACCCCGAGGCCAAGGGCAAGAUGGCAGCUGCUGGGGGCUGUAUGUUCAUCCUGGCGGGGCUGUGCGGGAUGGUGGCGCUCUCCUGGUACGCCUUUAACAUCACCCGGGACUUCUUCGACCCCCUCUUCCCCGGCACCAAGUACGAGAUCGGCCCGGCCCUGUACCUGGGCUGGAGCGGGUCCCUGCUGGCCAUCGUCGGGGGGGGCUGCCUGCUGGGCUCCUGUUGUGCCCACUCCUCGCGGGACAAGAGCUUCAGCUACCCCUACAGGGCGCCCAGGGCCGGCCCCCAGCGCCCACGCAGAGGCUCGGACGCCAGCAGCGUCGGCAACUACGGCAAGAACGCCUACGUUUAG